AUGGCCGUUCAACUUGUCGAAGAGGCCGGUGAAUGGUGGGAAUCUAUUUUAGAAAGUAGGAAGGACGCGAGGAGGGCAGCUAGGACCGCGGCUCAGGCGAAUGAGCCCGAUGUUGAAAAUUUGACGUGGGCCGAAUUCGAGGAUCUAUUUGCGAGUCAGUAUUUUCCAGACUCAUCUCGUGACCAAUUGAGGGAUCAAUUUGAGAAGCUUGAGCAGGGUAAUAUGACCGUUUCUGAAUACGCAUUGAGGUUUCAGUCCUUGUCACGAUUUACUCCCGAGCUAGUAGCAACCGAGGAUAGGAAGUGUCAACGCUUCGAGAGGGGUUUGUAUUCUUCCGUAAAGAGAUUGGUAGUGGCUCAACAUAAGAUGAGAUAUUCUGAGGUUGUUGAAUGCACAAGGAGUGUCAAAAUACCAAAGGAGUCUCAGAGAAAUAGGGGAGUUUGGGAACCUAGGCAACCGACCGUUACCGCUAGUUCUUCGGGGACUUUUGGGAGCCAAGGGAGGAAAAGGCUAAGGGAGUCAUCUUCUGCAACUCAAAGCCAACCGAAUGUUAGGGCAUUUACCAUUUCUUCUGGUGUUCGAGGAGCUCAUUCCAGGCCAGUGGUUACGUGUCACCGUUGUGGUCAGCCGGGCCACUUUUGUGCAGAUUGUAGGUCGAAGGAGUGUUAUGUGUGUGGGGAGUUUAGCCAUCUAGCCAAAGAUUGUCCUCGUAGAGUGAGAAGUGCUCGUAGUGAGUCGGGUUCCGUGCAGCAGCCGGGGUCAGGGCAUGGGUUUAGCCAGCAGUCAUUCAGGGGUACACAGAGACAGCAACAACCACAUUUCCGUCAGACCACUACCGUUCAGGGCUCUCAGAACGAAAGGGGUAAUCAGACUACUCAGGGAAGGGCUUUCGCCAUCACUUCUACUAUUCCACCACCUCCAGUUACUUCUCAUGCUCCAGAGGCUUCGGUUGUGAGGGGUACAUUUCUAUUGUUCAAUUCCUUUGCUAAAGUACUCUUUGAUUCUGGAGCAUCUCAUUCAUUUAUUGUUGCAUCCUUUGUGUGUACUUUGGAGUUGAAAACUGAAAGUAUGAGUCCACCGUUGUUUGUUGAAACACCUUUAGGGGGUAGGACACCCUUGGAUCGUAUUUGUCGAAACUGUGAACUUCUUAUUCAUGACCGCCGCUUCACCUUUGAUUUCAUUGUAUUGGGAAUGUCGGGCUUUGACCUUAUUUUGGGAAUGGAUUGGUUAUCUACGUUUCAUUCUACCAUUGAUUGUUUCAAGCGUCGAGUUCGUAUUUGUCCGCCUGAGGGUGCUUGUUUUGAGUUCUUUGGGGAGCGUCGGGAACUGUUGGAGUCGUACCUUUGUGGGUCUCGAGAGCGGGAGUCCAUUUAUUCUUUGUUGGCGAGUUUGACUCUAGAUGAGGAUGUGUCCGCGCGUGGGGAGUUGCCUCUUGUUGUUUGCAAUUUCCCGGAUGUGUUUCCGGAGGAGUUACCCGGUUUACCUCCCGAGAGAGAAGUCGAGUUUACUAUCGAGUUGCUUCCCGGUACCGCACCAAUCUCUGUGCCACCUUAUCAUUUUGCUCCCGCUGAACUUAGGGAAUUAAAGGUCCAGUUGCUAGAAUUGGAAAAUUUAGGGUUUAUUCGCCCGAGUACAUCUCUGUGGGGAGCACCGGCACUUUUUGCGCAAAAGAAGGAUGGCUCACUUCGUUUGUGUAUUGAUUACCGUAAGCUCAACCAAGUCACCAUUAAGAAUAAGGUCCAAAGAGAGGAUGUUCUGAAAACCGCUUUUCGUACGCGUUAUGGUCAUUACGAGUUUGUAGUUAUGCCUUUUGGGUUGAUGAAUGUGCCGGCUACUUUCAUGGACUUAAUGAACCAUAUCUUUCAUGCCUACCUUGAUCGCUUCGUGGUCGUUUUUGUAGACGACAUUCUCAUAUACUCACCAUCGCAGGAGGAACACCAAUCUUAUCUCACUAUCGUUCUUGAACUCUUGAGAGAGCACCGUUUGUACGCGAAGCUUAGUAAAUGCGAGUUUUGGUUAUCCGAGGUUAAAUUCUUGGGUCACGUGGUUUCGAAUGGUGGAGUGUCCAUAGAUCCGGAGAAGAUACAGUCUGUUAUGAAUUGGCAGCGACCAAAAAAUGUGCUUGAGAUUCGUAGUUUCUUGGGUUUGGCAGGGUAUUAUCGCCGUUUCAUCCAAGACUUUUCAUGCCUAGCAGCACCUAUGACUAGGUUGACACGGAAAGGGACACAUUUUGUUUGGGGUGACGCAUGUGAGACAACUUUUGUGGAAUUGAAGAAAAGAUUGAUGACCGCGCCGGUUUUGAUUGUGCUCGAACGUGGAGUUGGCUAUUCUGUUUAUUGCGACGCUUCAAAAGAGUGGCUUGGGUGCAUUUUGAUGCAAUUGGGGCGAGUAGUGGCGCACGGGUCGCGGAAAUUGAAAACUCAUGAGCGGAAUUAUCCUACGCAUGACUUAGAACUUGCGGCCGUUGUAUUUGCGUUGAAGAGUUGGCAUCAUUACUUGUACAGUGAGAGAUUCGAGGGCUUUUCUGAUCACAAGAGUUUGAAAUACCUAUUCUCCUAA